AUGCAGCUCGAAUACAAAAUUCGCUUGAAGGCUUCAAUUGAGGUGGUGAGACUCCUAUUGAAUCAAGGAUUGGCAUUCCGUGGACAUCGUGAAGAUGAAUCAUCAUUAAACAAGGUUAAAGCAAUUAUGGACGAUCUAAAUGGAGACUUUUUUGCAUUGCUAGUUGAUGAAUCAUGUGAUGUAUCACGCAAAGAGCAAUUAGCUAUUGUCAUGCGAUAUGUUAAUAGAUGUGGAUCUGUGGUGGAGCAUUUUAUUAGGAUCGUUCAUGUUCGUAAUACUACUGCUUUGUGUUUAAAGAAAGCAAUUGUUGAUUACAUUGCUCAACAUUCUUUGAGUUUAUCUUAUGUGCGUGGACAGUGCUAUGAUGGAGCAAGCAACAUGCAAGGGGAUUUACGUGGCCUCAAAACUUUGAUUCAACAAGAAAGUAAAUCUGCUUAUUCCAUUCAUUAUUUUGCACACCAACUUCAAUUGACUCUUGUUGCGAAAAAAGUUCAAGAGGCAUUAGACAUGGGUAAACUUGAAACUGGUAGGGGUUUGAAUCAAGAACUUGGUCUUGUUAGAGCUGCAGAUACUCGUUGGG